GUAAUAAGUAAAGCCAUAAUUUUCGCAUAUUUUAUUAUCAUCGUUUAAUUAAUUUCAAAAGGGAUACAAUUUAAUUUAAAUCAACGGGAGUAACAAACUGAAGGCGUUUUAUUUGAUUCUUCUGUCGAUAACAACGCUGUUAUUCGAUAGUAUGAAAUACCCGGAAGUAAACCAUCACCGAACAAAAUAAAGUUUUAGGACGCCCAUUUCUUAUUUCAAUGUAUUGACACUCAACGAAACAUUGCUUGUCAAAGUAAUUACCUUACUUAAUUCAAUUUGCUCUACAUUCAACCAAGAAGUGUUGCAUUGGUUUGAGAGAGAUGAGUGGGUUUGGGGGAGAGUUUCCUCCUCCUAUCCCUCCCCGCUCGGCAUCUGUACGAGCUCAACAGCGGCCUUUAGAUGGUGAUGGAGCAGGACAGUUACCUAACCGACAGUCAUUCCCUCGGGGCCAGUCUUCUGUGUAUGUAUCCAGGCCGAAUACCAUCAACUUCAAUACAGGGGAUCCUGCAUUGAUUUCUCUGUCACCACCAGGUGAUUGCGGUGAAACCCAGGGCCAGACAGCUGGUCAAAUGUCUGGCUUCCUCAGUGACCUGCAUGGGCUCGAUUUCUCAGCAACACCUCCUCCACCUUCUUCAAGCCCUGGAAAGGCCAAACCUGCUGACCCUGGGACUGGCUCAAAUAUCUAUCCAGAUAUCAGCCAUGCUUUUAGUGAGUUAAAAAGAGAUGGUUCUACUUUGCAACCUAUGGGAGGCUGGGGCGUACGGCCUGCCAUGCCGCAGCGUAACUCCAUGCCAUCCCCUUAUGGCUGGGACCACUCCCUCUCCCAGAUGGCAGCAGGGGGGCUGGGGACAGGGUCCACAUCCGUACCCACCACACCUAAUAACCCAUACCUCCAACAGCCACAGGGCUUCCAGAAUUUUGUAGGGUAUAACCUUGCUGGACAUACUGCACCUCAGAACAACCACUUCUACAGUGGCACUGUUAACAUGCCACCACCCUCGGCAGGCUUUCCAGUCCUGCAGCCACCGUCUUCUGGCAUACCAAACAUGCCGCCGACAUCAUUAAGUGCAUCAACUGGGACACAAUCUACUUCUGGUGGUGCAAAUUUGCAUCCAUCACUGAAACGGCCUGUAGUACCUACUGGCAUGACUCUUCCACCACAGGACCUUGCUGGAGCAGCAAAACCUGCCAGUAAUACUGAAUCACAAAAUGCAGAUGUGACACAAAAUGCUGAUGGAUUUAAUUUAGUGCCAAAUGUUGACUUUGAUGCCUGGGGGAAUGCUGAUGCUUUCUUUGAUCAGCAAGAACAAAUGGACUCUGGAAGAAAUAUAUCAGAUGCUUUUAUGAAAACCCACCGACGCAAUAACAGUGAUCUUAUACAGUUAGGAUUUGAAGGUGUAAUGACUUCAGAAGAGAAGGAGUAUUUUUCUCUUGAAUAUUUUGACCCGCUACAUAGGAAAGGUCGGACAGCAUCUAUUUCGUCCUCAAUGUCUUCCUCUAAUUACUUCUUUGCCAAGCCCCCAGAGGAUGCAGAACUUGUGAGCACGGAUCGAGACAAAUGGGUCACGUUCGAUGAGAGUGCCGCAUACGAUCGCAGUGAGGCAGAGGAUCUGGCUGAUACCAUGAUCACUGGUGCAGAGGUGUCGGCAAUACUGGAUAAAGGCACUGAGCCCAACGACUCAAUGGUAUCUCAUGAACGGUUGAGGAAGAAGUUAUACAUAGAUGAGGAAUCUGACUGCUUCUGCCAAAUGGUGGCUGAACUUAAGGAUGAGUUCAAGUCAACAGACCUGAAGACAAACCUAGGUUUUAUAGUGUCUCCACUGUGUGAUAAACAGCAGGAUCACAUGUCAGUGAAGAUUACAGUACACUCACAGUAUACGGAGGAACCUUUCUCCUUCACAAGUGAUGUACUUAGCCUGGUGGAGCAUGUGAUCAACCAUGUGUUACACAGCUGUCUCUCCACCUACCUCCCUAGUCACAUGACAGACACACUGAAAAGUGUAGACUUCAUCCUCAAAGUUAAUGGCCGUUCCGAAUAUUUACUCAACGAGUACCCCCUGUCCAAGUAUGGAUACACCCACGACUGCCUCAAGAUGGAUGAUGAUCUUAGUUUCCGAAUCAUGAGGCGACAGGAUGUCGCUCUCACAUUUUUGAGAACGAUUGAUGAUGACAACCAGCAGCUGUAUUUCCCCCAGGAUCAUGUCAGGGACACAGAAGUUACCAGAGAUGCCCUGGAGAUUCUCAUGGAGACAUUCUAUAAGGAAGCAGAGAAGAUCACAGACUCCGUCCUUAAAGAUGAAGUGGACGAGGUUCACUUCCAGUCACUGUCACAGUCAGUGAAGGCCGUGUGUAACAUCCUGUCUAAGAUCGAGACCAUCGACAUCAUGAAGGCACUCACCCGUGUAGAGUCGCUCAUUGGACAGAUGAAGGCGGGGCUUGGAAGGAAAUCAAGCACUCUGGAACACUCAGACGGGGGAUAUGGCACCAUACAGAGGAGCAGUAUGAAAGUGUCUCACAUCCCUCAGUUGGAGGAGGCCCUGGAGAGCCUUGUGAACGCUGUCAAGCAGCUCGUGCGUAUUUACUGUCAGGCCUUCCAUACUGAUUUCCACCUGGGCACCAGGAUUGACCAGCCAUGGGACCCUCAGGAUGUGACGGGUUCCAAUGAGUGUUUCAUUGUCCAGAUCUGCACUGUGCAUAGGAUACCGGUUGAUUGGAAAUCAAGGUUUGAUGAGUUCUUCAUAAGAUGCAGUCUUUACCACGGUACCGUCCAGCUGUGUCCGGAGGCCACCUCCACGAACGCCUCCAUCAACACUUCUGGCCUUGUGCCCUUUGUUGUCUGGGAUGAAUGGCUAACCUAUGACCUACAACUGUGUGUGUUGCCACGGGAGACGCGACUGUGUAUCACCCUGGUAGGGGUGAAGAACAUGCCUGCAUCCUCUGGCACCGAGUCUCACCGAGAGACCACACCCCUCGGGGGUAACACUAUACAGAUCUUCAACAAGAGAGGGUACAUGUUACAGGGGAGCCAGCUGGUCCCUUUACAGAUGAACUGCCCAGCUGACCCUGUGACCCCAUACUGCUCAACUCUUCAGAGGGAUUCCGCCCUGCUCCAGUUUAAUUUGCCAGACUUUGGGAAACUGAUUAUGUUCUCUGAGCCACUGAGGAUGGAUGAUGUAGAAAUGAAGAAAAAAACCUUCUCUGACUUGAAUCCUGAUCUUAAGGAACAGGUUAAAGAUAUAAUGAAGAAGGACUGUGUAACAUCAUGUACUGCUGACCAGUUGGAAAUUCUAUGGCUGUACCGGUACUACCUGCAUGACUACCCGGGGUUGUUACCGUGGAUACUGCAGGCUACGCGGGGCUGGGACUGGGCCCGCCUGCCAGAGAUAUAUGCCAUCCUCCAACACUGGGCCACGCUUCAACCCAUGCAGGCACUUGAGCUGCUCUUGCCACAGUACGCGGAUGUGCGUGUCCGUGCAUUUGCCGUUGACUGUCUGCGGAAGAUGCCCACCGAUGAUCUCAUUGACUUUAUUCCUCAGCUCAUACAGGCAUUGAAGUAUGAGAGCUACCACAGUUCCCCGCUGGCCAGACUUCUGCUGGAACAGUCUUGUCGCAGUGUGAGGUUCGCUCACCAGUUUUUCUGGUUAUUAAAGGGUGCUACCCAGGAUCGACUGUACAAACGGCGGUAUGAACUCAUGUUUGUGGCACUGAUCAGUGUGGCUGGAGAGGCCCUGUAUCAGGAGUUCAUGAAGCAGGAGGAGAUCGUUAAGGUCCUCACCACCACCGCAGAGAAGGUCCAGCAGGCUAAAGGGUCCGAUAAGGAGCCUUUACGGCCUCAUACUGUGCUUCGUAAGAACCUGGACAUGUUGUACGAGAUAUUUGAGAGGAUACACAAGGUUCUGCUGCCUCACAACCCGGGCUUCGAGGUCACAGGCAUUGACAUGAAUUCGUGUUCCUUCUUCACGUCCAACGCGCUGCCCCUGAAGCUUGUGUUCAAGAAUGCUACAGAGGCAAUGGGUCAGGUGUAUGCGAUGUUCAAGGCCGGGGAUGACCUACGCCAGGACAUGAUGACCAUGCAGAUUAUCCGCAUAAUGGACCGACUCUGGCUGAAGGAAGGCCUCGACCUGAAGAUGAUCACAUUCAGCUGUCUCCCCACCGGACCCAAGAGAGGGUUUAUUGAGAUAAUCACAGAAUCUGAGACAUUACGGAAGAUCCAGGUGUCAUCUGGCGUGACAGGCUCUUUUAAGGACCGACCAAUCAAAGACUGGCUCCAGAGACACAACCCUACAGAGCUUGACUAUCAGAAAGCUGUAGAGAACUUCACAUGUUCGUGUGCCGGCUACUGUGUGGCUACGUAUGUACUGGGAGUGUGUGAUCGCCAUAACGACAACAUCAUGGUGAAACAGACCGGACACCUCUUCCAUAUCGACUUUAACAAGAUUCUUGGGGAUGCUCAGAUGUUUGGGAACAUAAAGAGGGAUCGUGUGAAGUUUGUGUUGACUUCUGACAUGGCAUACGUGAUCAACGACGGUGACCGACAGAGUGACCGAUUCCAGCACUUCAUAGACAUGUGUGUCCAGGCCUUUAACAUCCUUCGCAAAAAUGCUAAUCUCUUCAUCAACCUUCUCUCUCUGAUGUUGAGAUCAGGGAUCCCUGGGAUCACAGAGAAGGGUGUUGAAUUUAUCCAGCAGGCCCUCCUGCCCGGCCUCACAGAUACACAAGCUACAGCUCUCUUUACAAGGUUGAUUCAGGAGAGCCUGAGCUCCAAGUCUACGCAGAUCAACUUCUUCAUCCACAACCUUGCCCAGAUGAAGUUCUCCAGCCACAGUGAAGGGGCUCUUCUCUCGUUUGUACCCAAGGUUUAUAGUCAACAGUCUGAUGGUCGUAUACGAGGUGUAGAGGUGUUCGGAAUUCAAAAGAGAUACCAGCCUGAAAAACACUAUAUCUACACACUGAAGGUAGAGAGGGAGAAUCAGCGUGUUCCCACAUACAUAUUCAGGAUAUUCUCCGAGUUUGUUGAGUUUAGGAGCAAGUUGGCUGCCCUGUUUCCACUGAUCAACUGGCCUCCUCUUCAGGGCAGACCCAGAUCAGUGCCAGCAAUCAGCAAUGUUAGAAAAUGGGUGUUACUGGGGCGGAGUCAUGUGAAGGCAGUGGCAGAGAACAGGCGGGCUGAGAUUGAGAAAUUUCUGCAAGAACUCAUGUCUGCAAAACCCGAAAUUGCACAUUGUGAGCUGGUGUACACAUUCUUCCACCCACUGUUACGAGAUGAACAGGAGGCACAGAGGGAAAGGCUCACCCUCCCAAAACUGAAAGAGCCGAAGGAGCCCAAGGAGAACCCAGUGCUUGUCCAGUCCAAGGAUGGGCAGGUGAAACUCUCCCUGGAGUAUGUCAAAGGCACCCUUCACGUCAUGGUCAUGCAUGCCAAGGAUCUGCCCACCCUGGGUUCAGACCUUCCAAGCCCAUAUGUAAAAAUUUACCUCCUGCCUGACCCAGAGAAGCAGACAAAGCGGAAAACGAAGGUCAUCAAGGACACUACACAUCCCACGUACAAUGAAUUGAUUGAAUAUCGGCUUCCACUAGAGACAGUACGGCAUAAGUUGCUGCAAGCUACCAUCUGGGACAAUGGCAUGCUUAAGGAGAACAGCCUGCUGGGGGCGGUGUAUGUACGUCUUGGUGAACUUGACCUGUCCACCACCGUCACAAAGUGGUACCAUCUCGACAAGAUACAAAUGACAGAUGCAUAGAUGGAACACCCUGUUUGGUACUUUGUACGUACGCUGGGCUGACUAACACAAGAGAGUGGCACUGCAAGGAACUUGACAGAGACAGCUUCCUGGCCAAUAUACAGAACAGUCUGUUAGGUGCUGUACGACCUUGACCUUUCCCUCACCGGUAAACAGCAGUUGUGUUUUAGAUCAAGACACACAUAUGUGUAGAUGUGGCGCAAUAUACAUGUUGCCAACAUGAAGAUAGCUUCGCCUUCUUCUUUGUCCAAGGAUGUUUGUUAGAGGUUUUGAAGAGUACGGAUUGGAUUAUUAAACAGUGUCAUGUACAACUUACAAUUUGUAAUGCCCUUCAUAAUAAGAAGAAUAAAUGAUCGAUAGCUGGUCACCAGUGAUUUAACAAAUAUCAGAAUUUGGUCUUCAUUAUCAGGCUUUAAACUGCUGUAAAAAGGUUGUAAAAGUUAUAAUAACAUGGGGCUGUAAAAUGUGAUUUCGUGAGAAACAAAUUACCUAUCACAAACCUAUUACCUACUGCAGUAUCUUCUGUAUGAAUAAUGACUUGCAUAACUUCAGGAAAAUCCCUUUCUCAUGAUGUUUAUGUUUUCCUGGCAAUUUUGUAAUUAUAUGUCAGAUUAAUCCUCUUAAGUUAAAUAUAUACUGAUGAAUGAUAACAGUUUGUACUGUAAACUUGUAUAUUUUGCAUGGACAGAGGGUAAAAAUAAAUGGAAGGCAAUGACCAUACAUUUAAAUUUAUUAGCCAGUAUUUCCAAAAUUUAAGACACAAAGUAUCCUUUUUAUUAGGGAUGGCAACGAGUAGUAAAAUUAAUACUCGAGUACUCGGACAAUCGUUCGAUCGAGUACUCUGGUACUCGAUUACUCGGAAAAAUUGAAUAUGUGUUCGCAACUUUAGACAAGAUUGUGUAUACAUGUAUUGUUAAUGACGUAUGUUGUGCGUUGGUCGUAUUAUUGGUCAUUUUCACCUUUGAAGUAAACUUUCAUUACGUAUUUUAACAAAAAAAUGAUAUAAAAAGAACACAAAUGUUGUUUCAGGCUUUUAAUUUGUCUUAUUCGUUUCAUUUUAUACAAGUAUGCACUGCAGAAAUGAACAACAAUCAGAAUUACAAUGAACGAAAUUCAGUACGAAGUUCAGUUGUUUACUCUACAUAUUAUUAUUUUUUAAAUGAUAGUUUUUCGUACUGUGUAAUUGUUGUUUACCUCAUUAAUAUUCAUAAUUCUUGAUUUAAAAUAUCAACCAAUCAAUUGUGAUAAUCAUUACAAAAAUAGUUAAAAUACGCCCAUUAAGAAAUCAAUUCUCGUAACGGUCGAAUACUCUUUCGCUCGUUAGCGUCCAUUGUUUGGUGAAAGGUCUGUACUUGAUAUACAUUUAGAAUUGUGUAGGUGAAAGUACCGCUAUCAAAACUUCGCUAAUUGACAUCAGUGCUAAUUUGAAAUAGGGGUCCUUUGUUGACAGUUUGCAACUAUCACAACAACUGUCAACUAAUUGUUUGAGGUCAAUUGUGUACACAGCGGGGAUUAGAGGGACCGUAAAUUGUCCUCUUGGCAACCAACCAGAUCUGAUAUUUUGUCUGUAAAUCGUGUAUUUGGUAAUUUUUAUAGAUUGUUUUAUUAUAUUUUUUCCGAGUACUCGAGUAGUGAUUUGGUACUUGAGUACUCGGACGUUCGAUCGAGUACUCGGGUACUCGUUGCCAUCCCUACUUUUUAUCAUUGACAAACGUUUACUUUUAAUGCAUUGUGUAUUGCUCAUGAAAGAAUUUCAUAUAACACUUACUAGCCAGUCUUAUAUGUAUGAAUAAUAAUAUUUAAGAUUAGUUACAAAUGGGUUUGGACAGAGUCAGGUAACCCAGAGCAACAUUUGCGCUCCGAUUCUGAGUGCAAACAGUGAACAUUUCAGUCGAUCAGAAUUGUUUUGCUGUUCUCUAUUCAUAGAUUCGCUGGGAGUCAGCAAACUGUGCUGAUAGUCUAUUGCCAAUGAAAAAGAGUCUAAUAAACAAAAUUUAAUUACUUUGAAUAUGAAAACUUUUGAUUUUAUCCUGUCAACAAAAACAAGAUGGACACAAGCAGCACGAAAAAAUUUCGUUCAUAUAGAUUCUCUCCAUCAGAAGUCAGCAAUGACAAACAUUCUUCCAUUUAUGUAAUAGGUGUUUUGAUUGGUUGAUGAAGAUAUUAGAAAAUGAACUAUUGAUAGUUUUGCACUAGAUUUUACAGCGUUUGAAUCAGAGGUUAGAUAUUGUCAAACCACAGAUGAAUAAGAAUGGUGUUGUUGUGACACAUUGUGAUAGCAUUUUUUGUUAUGUGCUUUCUGGUUAUGAAAGACUUUACACAAGCAACUGUAGUUGUCUCCUGAUUUCUCUUUAUAGAGUGCAAUAAUUGUGUGGGUUGUAUAAAGUAAAUAAUGUUCAUCUUUUUGAGAAAGAUACCAGGCGCAUGUUUUUUACAUAUAUCAUUCUUUUUGUCCUAUCAUAACUAUCAUGUUAGCCUUGUUAGAUUUGUUUAUAAUAAAUUUAUCGCUGGUUUCGUUUUCUGAACUUCUCAUUGUUAAAUGUUGGCUUUAGAGGUGACCUUGCAUUUAGUCAAUGUCCAUGUAAGGGCUUGGCUCUUCGUACAUAGUGUGACUAUAAGGGUCUUUGAUCCAAGUGUUAUUGCCAUGUUUUGAUCAAUACCUUACUGUUCAUUCCUAUGUACUAAAGUGUGUGUUAUCUAAGAUAUUUAUUUCAAGUAGACAGAUAUGAAGAACUAGUAUGCCAGGUUUCUGAGAUCAAGUUAGCCCUUUUUGAAGGUUUGGUUGCCACAUUUGUUCUGCUCAAUUUCACCAGGAUAAUUUCACCCCCAAUUUAAAACACUGAAAACAUAAGUCUACGGUAACUGUUUGGAAAAAGAUCUUUGUAGCAAUUUUGGUGGAAAAUCCAGCUAAAAAUGGUGUCCACGAAAUGUUCUUUAGUGUUUGACAUCAUCUGACCUGUAUUUAUAUGACAGACGAUGUCUAAUAUUCAUUUUAAUAAAAAUGUUCCUUUACAAUUUGCCUAUUUUUAGUUUGAUGUAAAAUACUGAUAAAAUAAUCUGGUUUGUACUCACAUUCUAUGGUCCCUGGACUCACACUUAAGCUUUAAGACAGGCCCACCACGCUUUAACUUUGGGAUUUACACUUUGUGAAUAUUUCAUAAUACAUAAAGAAGGAUGGACUCAUUUUUCUAACAUUCAAGUACAGUGAUUAAAAUGAGAACCCUUAUGUUGUAUGAACAUCUUGAUGCAUUUAAUGAGAUAUAAAAAAUCGCUUUUAAUUUAGGCACAUAUUAUUGAACUGUGUUCAUUUGUUGGUGACAACUGCUUAGCUAUAGCACAAAAAACUGUUUAAUGUUAUUUUUUUGCUAUAAUGGUUUGGAUUAAUGUACAUGAAUAUUCAGGAUACAUAUUUCAUUUUAUAUGUUAAUGCUACUAUUCUAGUUUCUUUGUUAUAUGUUCCAUAUCCGAGAAUUCAUGUCUGUAUUAGGAAAUGAAAAUUGUAAGCUUGAAUACAUGAUAUAAUGAUAAACUGUACUGAGUCAUACUGAAUUGUUGUUUUGUGUUGCCUAGAAAUGUAUAUGAGAUUCUUGUGAACAUUUUAAUUUGAAUAUCUUUCGUUUAUAUUUAUCGUGAUGUAUCAUGUUAUUUUCACUGAAGUUUUUUUCUCUGCAGUUGAUAUAUCAAUUUUGGUAUUUUGGCUUCUCUUUAAGAUUUCUGUUCAAGUAGUUUGCCAUUCUGGAUUGAAAUGGUUUGAAAUAAUGUUAUUGAAAUGGUGUCACAAUGUUAUGUUUAUCACACAAUUUUCAACUUAAUGCUAUGAAAUUCACUUUUUAAGCAUACAAGAUACAUAUUUUUAGCUCUACUGGCCAAAGGCCAGAAGAGCUUAUGCGAUGUUAAUGUGUACGUAGUAUGUGCGUCCGUGCGUCUGUAAACAAUUGCUUGUGAACACGAUACAGUCUUCAGUUCAGUUUUGAUUGUAUCUCGAUGAAACUUGUACAGUAUCUAGAUAUCCAUUAGAGCUCGGUUCCUUUCGAAAACAGCCAGAUUCGCCCAUAAAUGCCUAGAUUAUGGGCCAUGAAAGUUUUAAAGAAAUGCUUUCUAUUUUUAGCCAGGUCUGCAUGAGCGAAUUCUAUUUUUAGCCAAGUUUACAUGUACAUGUAAAUUCAAGUCUAGAGUUAAGGGAGACAAUUUGCAAGUCUAGGAUUUUGAGAGACAAUUUGCUUUUUGCUUCUGCAGUUAAUUUUGUGAAUUACUCUGCCUUGUUCUUGUUGAAAGCCCAAAGGCCAUUUUUUAGCUUUAAGUUCUGUAGUUUGCGCAUUCAUCUUAACAAAAUUGGUUGUGAAUGUUUGAGUUAUGCACCUGGUGUCAUUACUGGCCACACCCAGGGUUCACAGGUUUGGUAAACAUAAAUCUGGAAAGGUUUGAAAAUCUUUUUGUGUGUUCGUGCAUCCAUCUCAGCACAAUUGAUUGUGAAUGUUUGUUCAAAUUGAUCAAUGUUGUCCUAGGAUGCCCUUGACUUUGACCUUUUGACCAACUUUUUUUAACUUUUAAAACUACAGAAAUUUUUACUAUGAGUACAGUUUUGAAAGCAUUUUUUUUUUGUCAGAUGACUUUUACUUGGCACAUAUUAAAAUAGUUCAUGCAACUAAUCUGCUUACAAUACUUUCUGGGCUCAGAUGUUGAACGUGCUACGUUUUCAGGUAACCCAAACACAAAACAUAAACUAAAUGUCUGUUGCCUUUUACCCAUACAUACAUGCUGUAGAUUGAUAUGACCACAAAAGCCAUGCCAGUAGAGCAUAGGCCCUUUUGGGCCUCUUGUUAUUGUAUCUCUAUGAAACUUGUACAGUCUUUAGAUAUCCAUUAGAGCUCGGUUCCUUUCGAAAACCAGCCAGAUCCGCCGAUGCAUGCCUAGAUUAUGGGCCUUGAAAGUAUAAAAAAAUCUGUGCGUCUGUAAACAAUUGCUUGUGAACAUGAUACAGUCUUCAGUUUUGAUUGUAUCUCGAUGAAACUUGUAUAGUAUUUAGAUAUCCAUUAAAGCUCAGUUCUUUUUGAAAACCAGCAUGAUACGCUCAUGCAUGCCUAGAUUAUGGGUCUUGAAAGUAUAAAAAAAUGCUAUUUUUACCUAAGUCUAUUUUUAGAUUUUUAGCCAAGUCUAUAUGAGCGAGGUCUAUUUUUAGCCCUCGGGUCAUUACUGGCCACACCCCUGGGUUCACAGGUUUGGUAUACUUAAAUUGGGAAAUGUUAAAAACUUUUGUCUGAAACAGCUAUGCAGAUCCUUGCUAUUUUGAACAAGUCUUAAUUUAGUGGUCCACUACCAUGGUUGUUCAAAUUAUGCCCCUUGGUUCAAAACUGGCACUGCCCCGGUGGGUCACAAGUUUCCUAGAGACUUAUUUAAGAAAUAUUUUCAAAAUCUUCUUGUUUCAAACCACAAGGCCCAUACCUUUGAUAUUUGUUCUGGAGCAUCAUAUGAUGACCGUCUAGCAAAACAUUUGAAAUUAUGCCCCUUGGGCAAAAGCUGGCCCCACCCCUUUUAACUUACUGUUUACUUUUUAAAGCUACAGCAAUGAAAUUUUGACCAUGUGUACAGUUUUGCAAAUGAGCAUCAAUGUUGUCCUCGGAUGUCCUUGACUUUGACCUUUUGACCAACUUUUUUAUUUUUAAAGCUACAGAAAUGAAAUUUUGACCACGAGUACAGUUUUGAAAGCAAAUGUUUUUGCCCUCUGAUUACCUUUACUUGGCACAUAUUAAAAUAGUUCAUGCAACUAAUCUGCUUACAACACUUUCUGUCCUCAAAUGUUGAACGUGCAGUGUUUUCAGCUAACCCAAACACAAAAAGUGAACUAUAUAUUUGUUGCCUAUUACUCAUACGUACAUGCUCUGGUUUGAAAAUGACCACAAGAGCCAUGCCAGUAGAGCAUAGGCCCUCUUGGGCCUCAUGUUUUUUAUUUCAGAGUGAGAUCAAAAUCUCACAGUCAAUUAUAUUUGUGCUGGUGUCUAUGCCAAAACUAUUGCUUUCUUUAAAAUAAAUCAUGAUCUUACACUUCAACAAAUCACCUGUAUGUAAUGAAAUGCAGUAUGUUAUAUUUGUUAAGAUCUUUUUAUUAAAUUUUAACUGUUAAUUAUAUGAUUAUGGUCAUGUAUUAGCAUACAAUGAUUGUGCUUUUUUUGUAUUUUUUAUUUCAUACCAGUACAUGAUGUAUUAAUUAUACCUUUUGUAUAUACAAUGCUAUUUAUUCAAAUGUAUAACAAAGGCUUUUUGUUAAUAUCAGUCUGUGAUAACUCUGAAUAAAACUAGAG